GAUUCUUAUUUUCAUUAUCUUUGACUCACUUUUGCAAACUCCAUUUCUUCGAAACAUCAUAUGAAUGAGUCAAGGAACCAAGGAAGCACAGGGGACACAAGCAGAAACAAGAAGAAAAGAGUAAGAACAAAAACUAGCCACACUAUUGUCAAAGUAGAGCCCACAAGAACCACAAGGUUGUUCAUGUAAUUUCCUAGAAUGCCAUUAGUUCUUAAUGAUUAUAUUCCUUGUCUCUUCUAUUUGUACUCUACUUUCUCUACCUCUCCUUAUUCUAAAAGAGGAUAAAAAACCUCUUUACACAAACACCUGCAGAAUAUUAAACAAAGCCUUAUCCUUUUCACUUGUUUCACUUUUCAUUUCCAUGAAAAUUGACAUGUUGUAUUUUUGUUUUAUAUGAAGUGAGUUAGAGAGAGAGAGAUAUAUUUGAGUUUGUUAUAGAAAAAAGCUCAAGUAUCUUUUGUUACCUUUUUUUUUUUUUUUUUAAAUUGAGUGGGAAUUCUAUUUCACAUAAAGUUUAGAAAUAUCUUGGUUAUCUACUAUCUUAAUCGUGGUGUAACUUACUUUUCAUAUAAUCAAUUUCAACCAUUCUAAACUUGUUGCAUGGCUUUGUUGAGUUCUAUGAACUCAAGGAGAGAACCUGUAAAAGAGGUUAAUCCAAGUGGGGUUAAGAAUACAAUUUAUGUGGCGGUGGCUAAAGAUGUGAAAGAUAGCAAAUUAAAUGUGAUAUGGGCUAUACAAAAUUCUGGAGGAAAGAGCAUUUGCAUUCUUCAUGUGCACGUACCAGCAGCUAAGAUCCCUAUGAUGGGUGCUAAAUUUCCAGCAAGUGCACUGACAGAGCAAGAAGUUAAGGCAUACAGGGAAAUUGAAAGUCAAAACAUGCAGAAGACUGUUGAUGUUUAUCUAGCUAUCUGUCAAAGGAUGGGGGUGACAGCAACUAAAUUGCACAUUGAAAUGGAUUGCAUUGAAAAAGGGAUUAUAGAACUCAUCUCUAGAUAUAACAUACAAAAUCUUGUUAUGGGAGCAGCUUCUGAUAAGUACCAUUCUAGGAGAAUGACAGAUCUUAGAUCUAAGAAAGCCAUCUAUGUAUGUGAACAAUCUCCAGCUUCUUGUCAUAUACAGUUUAUCUGCAAAGGAUAUCUUAUACAGACAAGGGAUUGCAGUUUGGAAAACUUUAGAGUAGAGGCCACAUCUCCUUUGGUGCAGCAAAUGCAAAACUCUGAAGUUGGUCACUCACCUCACUUGAUAUCUAGAUCAAUUUCACAUGAUCAAGAGUUACAUCAUCAUAGAGUAAGAUCUAUCAGCUCUGCAUCCGAAAGUGGAAGGAGCAUGGCAUCAUCUGUUUCUUCUUCAGAACGAUUUUCAUCGUUUGAAACGGUAUUGACCCCAAAUUUGACUAGUGAUGGCAAUGAGAGUUUGUUGGACUUGAAAAUGAGUUACCUGUCUAGUAUUAAAGAGGAGAAUCUUUGUCAUUCAUCACCUCCUGGUGUGCUGCAGGAUAGAGGAAUGGACGAGAGUGUCUAUGAUCAACUUGAACAGGCUAUUGCGGAGGCUGUGAAGGCUAGGUGGGAUGCAUAUCAAGAAACUGUUAAGCGUCGCAAAGCUGAAAAAGAUGUCAUUGAUACUAUACGCAAGACUAAAGACACCAUAAUCUUGUAUGAAGAAGAGGUAAAACUAAGGAAAGAGUUAGAGGAAGCGCUACAGAAAGCGAAAGAAGAAAUUGACAACAUGAAAAGCAAAUUAGACAAAGUCAACAAGGAACUCCAACUUGCCUUGAAUCACAAGUCAUCAAAGGAGAAUCAGAUUAGUGAAGCAUCAAGAACACACUCUCUUCAACUUUUGUCAGAGUUUUCUUUUUCAGAGAUUGAAGAAGCAACAUGUAACUUCAAUCAAUCGUUAAAGAUUGGUGAAGGUGGAUACGGAAAGAUAUUUAAAGGUAUCCUUCGUCACACUGACGUGGCGAUAAAAGUGCUGAGCCCCAACAGUACUCAAGGACCCUCAGAAUUUCAACAGGAGGUUGAAGUAUUGAGCAAGUUAAAGCAUCCAAAUCUUAUCACACUUAUAGGAGUAAACCAAGAAUCAAAAACUCUUAUCUACGAGUAUUUACCAAAUGGAAGCCUUGAAGAUCAUCUCAGCCGCAAUGGAAAUAAUAAUGCACCUCCAUUAACAUGGCAGACUCGAAUUCGCAUCGCCACAGAACUAUGUUCUGCUCUCAUAUUUCUCCAUUCCAAUAAACCUCACAGCAUAGUCCAUGGUGACUUAAAACCUUCCAACAUUCUCCUUGAUGCAAACCUUGUAACCAAGCUUAGUGACUUCGGAAUCUGUCGUGUAUUAUCGUGUCAAAACGAUUCUUCUAGUAACAAUAGUACUACACAGUUUUGGAUCACUAGUUUUGCAAAGGGAACUUUUGCAUACAUGGAUCCGGAAUUCUUGGGUACAGGCGAACUUACUUCAAAGUCAGAUGUUUAUUCAUUUGGAAUUGUUUUGUUGAGAUUGAUAACUGGAAAACCAGCUUUAGGAAUAAAGAAUGAAGUGUUAUAUGCAUUAAAUAAUGCUGGUGGAAAUGUGAAAUCAGUUUUGGAUCCUUUGGCUGGAGAUUGGCCUAUUGUGGAAGCUGAAAAGCUGGUUCAUUUUGCUUUGAGGUGUUGUGAUAUGAACAAAAAGAGUAGGCCAGAGCUUUGUUCAGAAGGUUGGAGGGUGUUGGAACCUAUGAAGGUUUCUUGUAGUGGCACAAACAACUUUGGACUUAAGUCCUGUUUGGAUAAACAGCUUAAUAGGACAACUUGAAAGUGGCUAUGACACUUCACAAAGGACAAAUUCUAAGCUUGUAUGCAAACCAUGACUAGUUUCAUAGUCACCUGUCAAAAACCAGCCAUUUUUUGUCUUCUCAUGUUCAUAUAUAUAUAUUUAGUUUCUAGCAGAUAUAGUUGUGAUUACAAAUUGUUCAUUCCCUCAGUUUUUUAUACCAUAUUUUGUAACAUAUGCAGUGUAUAUGGCAAAUCAGAAUUUUUGUGUAUAUGUAUAUAUAUGGUCCAUGGUAAGACAUAGUUAUCAAUUUUUUUAUUGAUCUAAUCCUCAAAUCUACUCUCCCUUGCCCCUCGAUUCCUACUUUAGAAAUGGAAAGUGGAAUUUGAGAUAUGGUGUGAAGAGAUUU